UCCGCACAGAGCUCUAGCUGGUUUCGUUCUGUCUCUCUCGAUCGUUUCCCGCUCUCUAAUAAACCAAUUCCGCGCAUCCAAUCCGCAAUGGAUCUUAUCUCAGCAGCGAUUCGUUAGCGAAGAAAAUCGGAGCGAAGAAAAUUUCUAUAUUCACUCUCGCUAACGGAUCAUGCUGCGUUCUGGUUGUCUGCAGGAGUAAAACCCAUUAUUGUAUGUAUAUCCCUCUGGUGGCAAAAGAGAGAACACAGUUUGAACCACAGUUCGAACCAAUUUAUAAGCAUGAUUAUACCGGUGCGUUGUUUUACUUGCGGGAAAGUGAUUGGCAACAAAUGGGAAGCUUAUCUUGGUCUGCUGCAGGCCGAAUACACAGAGGGAGAUGCACUCGAUGCACUCGGAUUGAAGAGAUACUGCUGCCGCAGAAUGCUCCUCGGACACGUCGAUUUGAUUGAGAAACUUUUGAAUUAUGCACCAUUGGAAAAAUAGACGACGUUCUCAAUAUUCAUCCCCAUACUCUACAUCUUGUACAUUAAUGCAUAUGUUGUAUAUAACUGUAUAAAUUAGUUAAACGAUAAUUGUGGUGGACGAUAAAAAUGAAGCGCAUCGAUUCGUAUGUGUUGCAUAAAUGGCGUUAGAAUAUAGGCAGUAUAUGUUACUAUUUUGUAAACUACCAUGGCAUUCCUUCCGUUCUAUAUGUAAUAAGCAGGAAAAAUAAAUACGCAAAAUCUAUUGUAAAAUGUA